AUGCUCGGCCGGCCGGGUUUGGCGAGUGACGGGAGGCUUGUACUAUCGAGACCCGACUCCAGCAGCAGAGCAUCAGACCUCGACGGCGCCCAGCACAACCCACACGACGGCCUACCCUCGUUGAAGAGACCUAGCGAAGCCCGCACAACAACAGCCACCUCGGCUGUCGACCGCGACGAUGCCCGUCCCUUUCGAGACCCUGAUUCCCUAUGCGAUCAUCACAGCAUGAUGGACCGUGACCGGAGACUCACGGGCUUACUGCGCGGACAAAGCGAUAACCCCAUAGCACCUCCUGGAUUCGAGCUGAACAACCCGUGGAGGGCCGAAAAGCGGAUGUUCUAA